CGCGUUCCCCUCGCUCAAUCUGGCCAUUUCCCCCAGACCAGAUACUACUAUCUACCUUGGUCAUAGUCCAUCUCCCCUUAGGUCAAUCCCAGUUUAUCAGCUACGUCAUCACCAUCACCAUGCCCGACAAAGACGCCGGAACGCCCCGUGUUUUCCUUUACCGCCAUGGAGAGACCGAAUGGUCCAAAAGCGGCCGCUACACCGGCAUCAGCGAAAUCCAGCUGACUGACGACGGAGUGAAGCAAGUGUCCGCUUCCGGCAAGAUCCUUGUAGGAGCUGGUAAGCUUAUUGACACGGCUAAACUGGCUCGCGUGUAUGUGUCUCCGCGCCAAAGGGCAAAGCACACCUUUGACUUGGCCUUCGGGGAGGCCGAGAAGCAGGGCUUGAAGGAAGCUGGCAAGGUGGAGGAGACGGAGCGGCUGGCGGAGUGGGGUUAUGGCUUGUAUGAGGGGAUGCUGACCAAGGAGAUUCGCGCGCUGAGGAAGGAGCAUGGGCUUGAUGGUGAGAGGGCGUGGGAUAUCUGGAGGGAUGGAUGUGAGGAGGGAGAAUCACCUGCGGAUGUUACGGCCCGGAUUGAUAGCCUGAUCGAAGAGAUCAGAGAUCUCCAUCGGGGAAACAUGCACGGAGAGGCACCUGCUGAUGUUGUUCUUAUUGCGCAUGGCCAUACGCUCCGUGCGUUUACCAAGCGCUGGUUGGGCUAUCCGAUGGAGUUUCCGUUGUCGAUGAUGCUGGAGCCUGGUGCUGUGGGAGUUCUUAGUUACCAGCACCACAGCAUUGAUGAGCCUGCUUUUCUGGUUGGAUAUGGAUUUCCCUUGGAGAAAUGAUGCACUUAGAGGCAUCUGGUUUAUACGGGAAGGUCGUAUAGAUGAAUAUAUAUCGGAAUUACUAGACAAUGUAGAUGGUAUGGUUCUAUGCUGGGGGGAGGCUAGCGCCACACCAGCCAGGCCUUCUCCACACUUGUUUUCGCUUAUGCGACACCCUCAAACUACUUACUCUCCGCCUACCUGCUAGCCGGUGUGGCGGUAACGCCUCUUUUAUGUUAGAAUCAAGACAUCUGUUUUACUGCUACAAGCGGGAUAUUUAGUAACAAUGCGAAAGUCGUCAUGACGAAUGCUAACACCA